UUCCAAUUAAUAUAACUCCAACAUCUCUCUCUCCGCCCCACCCUUUCUUCACUCUUCUCCUCCAUUUUCUCUCUAACCGGAAAACCCUAAAAACCCUUGACCCGCCAUCGAACCCUCAAAUUUUCCGCUCAUUCCUACUCGGAAGGUCCGGCCGCUCGAUCUAGUUCCGCGAAUCUUUUCCGGAGUUUUUUGCCGGUGAAACUCCGAUUGCUCUGCAGAGAGGGCGUGGACGUUUUAGGGAAAUUUAUGUAGAGAGAGAGAGAGAGAGAGAGGAGAGGGAAACGGGUUUGAGAUGUACAAGAACCAGCUACAAGAGCUUGCGCAGAGGAGCUGCUUCAACCUACCUUCGUACACUUGCAUAAGGGAAGGUCCAGACCACGCGCCGCGCUUCAAGGCCACCGUCAACUUCAACGGUGAGACUUUCGAGAGUCCCCACUACUAUCCCACCCUCCGCCUCGCCGAGCACGCCGCGGCCGAGGUCGCCCUCACCUCCCUCUCCAACCAAGCGCCGUCCCACUCCCUUGCCGCCAGAAUCCUCGAUGAGACAGGUGUUUAUAAGAACCUCCUACAGGAGGUUUCCCAGAGAGUUGGAGCCCCAUUGCCCCAAUACACGACUUUCAGAUCAGGGCUUGGGCAUCAACCAAUUUUCACAGGGAUGGUAGAACUAGCUGGAAUUACAUUCACUGGGGAACCUGCUAAGAAUAAAAAGCAAGCUGAGAAGAAUGCAGCCAUGGCAGCUUGGACAUCUUUAAAGCAAUUGGCACAACAAGAUACAACUUCAUCGUCUGAAACAGAGAACAAUGAUGAGCUAGAACAAAUUAAAAUUGCUAGAGCAUUAUUAAAUUAUCGUUUGAAGGAAAAAAUGGGUUUGGCUAACUCCUUCAAUGCUCCAAUAUCAUUUGGAAAGAAAUUCCAAAUUCAGAAACCAAGACCAUCAAGUCCACAGCAUCGCCCGAUGGCUACGUCUAAAAUCCUCCCCUUCAUAUGCCAGAAGACGACAUCUCAAAAUAAAUCCACAUCUGUAACAGCAAAUGACAGCCCUUCACAGCUUCAACCACCAUCACUGCCAACAACACCAGAAGGUCGUACAAUCCGCCCUCAAAGGUUUCCUGCAGCUGGGGCAUCUCCUUAUGUACCCAUUCGGCAUUGCAGAACACCAUACCGGGGGAUUGCCCCACCAGUUACAGUAAGAAAUGCUGUUCCUGUAUUCUCUGCACCGCCGCUCCCACCUCCUUCCAUGCGCCCGUCUCAAGUGAUUCCACCCCGGCCUGUGCGAGUCGCCCCUCCUGUAUGUAUCAGGCAGGCCGUGCCAGUUUUUUCUGCUCUACCUGUUCGCAAGGAAGAACCACCAACGGUCAUUGUUCCUGCUGUGCCUCAGGGAUCACCUGCUCGGGUAGGCCAAACUGGGAACAAGAAAGGUGAGGAUGGCCCUGAAGGCCUUGAGGCAGUAAAGCUCCUGGAACAACUUGAAAUCUGAUGGCGGUUAGGAAGUCUUCUAGAGCUAAUAUACAUGGUUUUGUAUUUGAUUGUAUUUGUUGUUCAUCUCAUUCUGGUACUCGAGUGUUCUUUUGUCACGUCUUGUUCUUCAUGAUUAUCCUCCUUGCUUACUUGAACACCCCAGUCAGUCAUCUUCCAGGGUAAGUCAGUAUUAGCGAUGCCAAUCAUAUCUGUGAACUUCUUCCAUGGUAGCUGUUACUGCUUUAUUCUUGUAGAUGAUAUAACUCAUUCUGAGUGACGACAUUAUUGUCUAUUUGUGUUCAUUGUGAGGUGAUAAUACUCUAUAUAUUCAAGCUUUCCUGUAA